GAAACAAUCCGACUCCGAGGCCAAUUGUCUAGCUCUAGCUAGCUUGGAGGCGCUGUAGCCUGUGGAUAAUGUAUCCUGAGGCUAGGGCAAGCGAUUGCCUCAGAGCACUACGUCAGGCCCAAGCAGCUUCUUAACUCUGAGGUGACUAUGCUGCCCAUCUGAUAGACAACAAAGAUGGCGGGUGAAGUGCUAUCGCCAAGCGCCACGCCCACGGCGAAAGCAAGCAGCGAGGGGGUUGCUGCUGAUGGACAGCUCGCCACGAGGAAGGAGCUCUCUGUGGCCGUGUUUGAUCGACCAGAUUUCAAUACCAUCGACUUCAUCAAUCAGAUCUUCCCCAAUGAAGCGUCGCUUGUGGCUGUUGACCCCCUCAUUCACAAGCUCCGCUUCAAGAUUCGCCGCGUGGAUGCAGAAAUCCUGGCUGCUGUCCGCCAGCAGAGCUCGUCAGGAUCAAAAGCGAAAGAGGAUCUUGCAAGCGCAAUGACCGCUAUUCAGGAGCUGUACACUAAAGUGCGGGAGAUCAAAGCGAAGGCGGAACAGAGUGAGGUGAUGGUACAAGAGAUCUGCCGCGACAUCAAGAAGCUCGACUACGCAAAGAAACACAUCACCACCACCAUUACUGCGCUCCACCGACUCUCCAUGCUGGUCUCUGCGGUGGAUCAAUUGCAGUACAUGGCGGCAAAGAGGCAGUACAAAGAUGCUGCGGGGCAACUCGAGGCCGUGAACCAGCUCGUGAGCCACUUCCAGGCCUACCAAGAGAUCCCCAAGAUCUCGGAGCUGCGCUCCAAGUUUGACAACGUGAAGCAGACCCUCAAGUCCCACAUCUUCUCCGACUUCUCCAGUUUGAACACGACGAACCUGAAGGAGAACCCGCAGCUGCAGCAGCAGCUGGCGGACUCGUGCCUGGUGGUCGACGCACUGGACGCUGCAGUGAAAGAAGAGCUCAUCCAGAACAUCUGCAGCAAGGAGUUGAACGCAUACCAGCAGAUCUUCCAAGGGACGGUGGAGGUGGCGAAACUAGAGAAGGCGGAGCGGCGGUACGCGUGGAUCAAGCGCGAGCUGCGCGCCAAGGAGGACGUGUGGGCCAUCUUCCCGCACUCGUGGCGCGUGCCCUACCUGCUCUGCAUGCAGUUCUGCAAGGUCACCAGGGCGCAGCUGAUGGAGAUUUUGGACAUGCAGAAGGACAAGUCGGACGUUGGCACGCUCCUGCAGGCGCUGCAGCGAACGCUCGAGUUCGAGGAGGAGCUGGCGGAGCGCUUCGGGGGCACCGGUGCCGGGAAGGUCGACGAAGAGGGUGGCGGUACGGACGAGGAGGGCGACGAGGACGACGGCUCGAACGCGGCGCAGAAGGUGAAGGGCAAGUACCGGAAGCAAAACGAACCAGGGGAGGGCGAAGAAGGAGAGCGGACGUUGGCGCACGUAGCAGGCCUGCCGUUCAGUUUCCGGGGCACCAUCUCGUCGUGCUUCGAGCCGUACAUGGGCGUCUACGUGUCGCUCGAGGAGACGACGCUGCUAGAGCUGGUGGACAAGCAGAUUGCGGACGAGACGUGGGAGGCGGAGCCGGGCAGCCAGUCCAAGAUCCUGCCCAGCAGCGCGCAAGUCUUCCUGCACAUCAAGAAGAGCCUCAAGCGCUGCACCGCGCUCACGCGCAGCCAGACGCUCUUCAACCUGUUCAAGACGUUCCAGAAAGUGUUGAAAGCCUACGCCACAAAGCUGGGGAACCGGCUGCCAAAGACGUCCGGCAGCCUCAUGGCAGCGGCCACGGGGACGGACUGGCAAGUCAAGGUGACGGAGAAGGACGAGCGGGUGGUGUGCUACAUCAUCAACACGGGGGAGUACUGCAGCGAGACGGCGGGCCAGCUGGCGGAGAGCGUGGCCAAGGUGGUGGACGCGCAGUUCGUGGAGCAGGUGGACGUGGGCGACGUGCAGGACGAGUUCUCGGGGGUCAUCACCCGGGCGCUGUCCAUUUUGGUGCUGGGCAUGGAGACGCGCCUCGACCAGGAGCUGGCCGCCAUGACCAAGAUCGCCUGGGGCACCGUCGAGGCCGUCGGGGACCAGUCCGAGUACGUGAACGGCAUCAGCAGCGUGUUGUCCACCAGCGUGCCCGUCAUCUCGGGCCUCCUCUCCUCGCUCUACUUCCAGUACUUCAUGGACAAGCUCGCCGCUUCCUUCGCCCCUCGCUUCUACGUCAACAUCUUCAAGUGCAAGCGGAUCUCUGAGAUGGGCGCACAGCAGAUGCUGCUGGACACCCACGCCGUCAAGACCCUGCUCCUGGAGGUCCCCCAGCUAGGAGGCCAGUCGUCGGUCCCCGCGAGCUACAGCAAGUACGUCACCCGCGAGCUGGGCCGCGCGGAGGCGCUGCUGAAGGUCAUUCUGGCGCCCGUGGAGGCCGUGGCGGACACGUUCCGGGCGCUGCUCGCGGACGGUUCCGCGUCCGACUUCCAAAAGGUUCUCGACCUAAAGGGUCUCAAGAAGAACGAGCAGCAGCCGCUGCUAGACCAGUUCAACCGCCGCGUUGGGUCCUCCUCUCCCGCUCCGUCUACUGCUACUGCACCCCCCAGUCAGUCGUCGCCCCUGGUUCCGACGUCAUCAGGGGCAGCUGCUUUUGCCCAGUCUGCCCGGCCCGCCAUGGAGAAGGCAGCCGCCAUCGGGCGGGGCGCAAUGGCGCAAUCUGCCGCUGCAGCUGCAGCCGCCGUGUCGAGCAAUAGCCUCAAGCGCAUCUUCGCGCUUGCGGAUGCGGCCAAGGACAGCACCGGGAAAAAGGAGGGGACCUUUAGAAACCUGUUUAACAAACAGCCUCAACCUGGGAUGAAGUGACCGAAGCGUCCCAAGGUGCGAAGUCGAAGCCACCCGCCAGUCUCACGGAGGAGUCCAUCGCGCUCAUAUUCUCACCAUCACCACCUUCACUAUGGCAAGCCAAUCAUCAAUAGCGUCGCUUGUCGCUUGACUCUGCUCAAAGAUAAUGUGAUGGGCCAAUUGCAUGGCUAAUCUGUCCGUUCACCAGACGGUCGAUGAAAAUCUUACAGGCUUAGGUCUAAGUGGACUUGACCCGACGUUGCCACAUGUUAUAAAUCGCCGACUUGCAAGAAUGUACGUG